AUGAGAGUUAUAGUCAUAUGUGUAAUUUUGAUGGCUGUGUUUUCGAUUGUCUUAAUUGCCAAGCAACCUAUUUCUUUAGGGCUAGUGCUAUUGAGGGGGUCUAUAAUUGCAUGUGUGGAGGUUGCACUGGAGGUUAGAAGGUUGUUAGGGUUCUUAUUGUUCCUAACUUACGUUAGGGGUGUAAUAGUCCUGUUCUUGUAUGUUUUAAGGAUCUACCCCAAUGAAGUGUAUCGUUUUAAUCUAGAGUUUAUGGUUCUCGUCAGAAGGUGUUGUGCCAGAGCGGUCCUUAUGGGUCUUAUGAAUUACGAGUACAGAGAAAUUAGCGGGUCUUUGUUUCUAAGUUUCAUGGCUGAAAGAAGCGGGUUAAGGUUAUAUAUCCUAAUAGCUGGUGUGUUACUGUUUGUAAUAUUAGUGGUGUCGUAUUUGUGCAUAAAAACCAUGGUGCCUUUACGAAGAGUAAAAAUAAACCUAAAAUAG